UUUAAUUCAACGGCGAAUCUUCUGUAUGCCAAACAGAGAACUGUACAACACUGUGCGUACACAGAAAGAAAUUUGCUUGUUUACAAAAAAUCCAAAAACAGUAACAUGUCCUGUAAUUAAACCAAAACAAAUCUACAGAAAAACAACCAUUGAGUAACUCAAUAUUUUACAGUGUAAAGGAAGGUCCGCACUUUUCAUCUUCCACGGUGCAUGGUUGGGUGAACAUUUCACACAAUAAAGCAACACUAUUUUCAGACUGACUUUUGCAUCUUAAUGGCAUGCUUAGUACGAGGAUCAAUUGUACUCUCGUCAUCAUGCUGUACAUAAUAGUGCAGUGCUGCGAAUCAGCAUCAUGAUACCAGAAGCAGGUUAAACGGUUGAACUGCAGUACAGUGUAUUAAGCCUACUGAAGUUGUACAGCAAACAUGGCUGGCCGAAAACGAAUGUCGGCAACAUUCAAACUUGGUCAAAACAUGCACUUGUUGUCCUGCACCGCUUUGCUGAUGAUCACAUUAAUUACAUUAGCCUACAACUUCAAUCCUCUGCCGGCAUCGACAGUAAGGCAUCAACCGUUGCCAGUACAAGUGCACCAUAAACGGAGUGAAGCGCAGCCAAGACAGGAGCCCAAGCCACUUCAGAUUAAGACACAGGUCAGAAAACCUGCCAGAAAACCAAACUCUGAAAACAUUCUUUGUAUUUUCGCCGGACGCUGGGACUUCCUCCGUAUCAAUUUUGCUUACAUCUAUCGCAGCUUGAGGAAGAAUGGCGGAGUUCUUGACAAGGUCUACUACUACAUGAUGAUGUACGACAACCAAACCCUCUCCAAACUGACCGAGUUGACUCAAACCGCCAACAACAUUCUGGGAAAGAGGGUUUUUCAGCUCCGAUUUCGCAAUCGCGCCAAGGACACCUCUGCUCGUCCCGUUCCCAAGGGCACAUUUGAGGGAUUUUUAUACGAGGUUUUCAAUGACGUGGCGAAGCACCCAGAGAGAAAGUACUUCAAGAUGGACGACGACAUCGUGUACAUCCACCCCGGCACCUUCAGGCAGCUGAUUGAGCAACAGAACACCUCCGAGUGCUUCAUUCAUUUCGCCAACAUCGGAGGUGCUAACUGGCGAUGUAGCUACAUCCACCAAGAGAUGGGUAUCUAUGACAACGAGGCUAUCAACCCCAAGAAGCUGAAAUUUCAGUUCAGCCGUGACGGUCUCCCAAAGUGCGGCUGGAAAUCUGCAGAAUGUGCUGCGGUGGCAAUGGAGGCGUUCUUCUAUCACUACCAGAACAAAUCACUGGAGAAAUUACUAUUCGACGGACGGUACCUGACCCCUGAAAGAGCUCGCUUCAGCAUCAACUUCCUCUUAAUGGAUUCAAACCUCAUUGACAUAAAAGCCAUGAUGGAGAGUGGACCAAUUCUUACAAGCGAUGAACAUUGGUUAACAGUGGUCUACUCCCGCAAAGUCAAGAAACCUAACUGUGUUGUAGGAAGGGCCUUCGUCGUACAUUUUUCGUACUUCACCACUCUGGGGGAGAUCAAUAAACAUGACUUUCUGCCAAGGUUCGAGACGAUUGCAUAUGAUCUCGUGAAAGAACUACCUGAAGCACUCCAAACCAGUCUUGCCUUUAAUCAAACACUUGGAUCGUGAGAACCCCGACAGUUAUUUCGGUCUGUCAACACCACGGAGUGCUUGACGACUAGUCAUUGUUGGUUGGUCAAAUUAUGAUGAUUGGUUAAAUUCGUAUAGAAAAUCUUGCACUUCAUAUUUCAAAUGCCCUGUACAUGCGACCCGUGGUGCAAUGAAAAUAACAAAUUUGUGUAAUUAAUACUUUUUAAACUCAAUUUUCUUCUGAGUAAAUUCUCAAAGUUCAGGGUGGAAAAGAAGAGGAAAACCGUUUCUAAAUCUCAAUUGCUUUGGGUAAAAAAAAAAAAUAUUUACAAUUUGUGUGAAGAAAUUUGAUUUUGGUCAAACGGAACUGUAACAUUUUCAAUAUAUAAAUACGAAAUUUUGCAUAUCAUUUUGUGGUUAAUUUCACAUUUCCCAAUCCCAGUUGCCAAUAGCAACAAUGUUCCAUCGUUGAUUAGCUAAGUUCCCGGUGUCAUAUGAAAAUCGGACUCGCAUAAAAAUCGGACUCUUUUCCCAUUUUAUUGGUUAAAAACCCUCUCACAUGACCGGUCCCUCUCCUAAUUAUCUAUGCAUGAGCUUGCGCAAUACCACCAAUGAGUCCGUAUUUCAUAAAACCUAAAUCCAUGCUACACCGGGAGAUGAAUAAUUGAAUGUAUCGACAUUUUAUCUUUGUGUGCUCAUGACUUCAUGUAUUAUAAAAACUCGGGAUGUUCGAAUGUGACGAGUACAAUUUAAUUAGUAGAAUUAAACGAGUUUGUUUGUUUGUUUUUCACAUUUAUUUUACAUUCACUUAUUUGGGUUAAAUUGUAUUGUUUUAUUUCCAUUUGUCAUAAACUAAUAUAAUGCAAAUGCAACAGAUUAUUUACUACAACAAUAACUAAAAUUAAUAGAAUGCUUAUACAUGUACAACACUUUGAUCAAUGAAACAUAAAUGGUGACAGAUGGAGGAAACCAGGAAAAAAGCCUUAGCUUAUACAGAGCCUGGUCCCGUUUUAUAAGUAGUCCAAUGCAUUCAGCAUGAAUCAUGCCCGCAAUGACUUUUGAGUGAAUAGAAAUAUAAUAUUCUCUGCUUUUCCCUUUCAAUUCACAUAUACAUGUACAUUUAUCUGACAUAAUUGAGCUUGUUUAACACUUGGACUAAUACUAGCCAAGGUAUGUGUAAGCUGGGAAAACGGGGAAAAAAUCAACAAAUUGCCAGCACUUAAAAGGGCAAUCUUCAAAGGCCCAUUUAAUUUCAGGAACAUGUUUUUCAACUUUUUUGUUUUUUAAAUUAUUGUUUUGGUAUGUGCUGAAAACAUUUUUUUUUUUCAGGCAUAACAAAAAAGUAGACCUACAUAAUAACUGCAUUCCGCAUACAAACCUGCAUGGGCAUGUGUUUUAAACCUAAGAUUUGUUCUUUUUUAAAGUAAGAAUUUGUAAUGGCAAUGGUUAAAGUUCUAAUGACAUGAAAUACACUGAAGAGGUGAAAUAAAAGGAUUUACUAAACAAAAUAUAA